GCGGACGGGCGACCGUCGCGGCGGCGGCGCCCGAUGCCGAGGUCGCCGUCGAGCUCGAGCGGCGACGCGCGCGCCAACCGCUGGGGCGUGACCCCGCUGCAUCUCGCGUCCUCCCCACGACGCGCCGCGCGUCUGCUCGCGCGAGGCGCGUCGUCCAUCGUCGCCGACGUCGACGCCGAGUCAGGAUGGACGCCGCUGCAUCGCGCGCUGCAUCGCGGCCACCUCCGCGUCGCGGCGGUCCUCCUCGAGCGCGGCGGCGCGUCGCUGCACUCGCCGGCGGAUCACCGCGGGCGGACGCCGCUGGAUCUUCUCACCGCGCGAUGCAAGCGUCUCUUGCCGUGGACGUCGGCGUGGACGUCGCCGUGGACGUCGCAGCAGCGCGAGGCGACGCCGUGCGACGUCUACAGCUGGGGAUCCGGGGUGAACUUCCAGCUCGGCACGGGCGCGGUCGACGACGCGCCCGCGCCGAGAAGGCUCGACGUCCUCGCCGUCGCGUCGCCGGCGCCCGACGACGACGACGAGAUGUCGGACGCCAUCAUUCAUCACUCCGGAGGCGGAGUACUCGCCGUGAGCUGCUCGAAGUUCCACGGCCUCGCCGCGUGCGCGGACGGGACGCUGCGCGCGUGGGGCCACGGCAGAGGCGGGCGCCUGGGCCUCCGCGACGCGAAGAUCCACGACGGCGACGAGGCGGUGCUCCUCCCGCGACGCGUCCGCGGGUUCGGCGUUCGCCGCCGCGUCGUCACCGUCGCCGCGGGAAAGCAUCACUCGCUCGUCGCGACCGACGACGGCGAGUGCUACGCCUGGGGGCUCGCCGCGGACGGGCGCUUAGGAUACGUCCUCGAGGACGACGCCGCGGACGUCGUCGCCGCCGCCGCCGCCGCGGAGACGGGGAGCCAGCCGACGCCGCGGCGCGUGCGCGGCGCGCUCGAGAGACGUCGCGUCGUCGCCGUCGCCGCGUCUAAUCGUUACUCCGUCGUCGUGACGUCCGACGGGGAGGCGUUUUCGUUCGGAUGCAACGCGCGAGGGCAGCUCGGGCACGGCCAGACCGGCAUUCAGAGCGCGCACAUCGCGACGCCGCGCGCGAUCGAGCAGCUGAAGCCGCGACGCGUCGCAUCGGUGUCCGCCGCGAAGCACCACGCCGUCGCGACGACCGCGGACGGCGCGGCGUGGCAGUGGGGGCGAGGCGACUCGAGCGCGACGCGCGUGCGGUUCCCGGCGCGCGCGGAUGACGAUUCAUCAUCUUCUUCUUCUUCUUCUUCAACGACGGUUCGCGUCCAAGCCGUCGCCGCCGGGUGCGAGCAUAACCUCGCGCUGACGAGCGACGGCGCCGUGAUGCGAUGGCGCGCGGGCGACGCGCGAGCGACCCCCGAACGCGUCCGGGGCGUCGGCGUCGGCGACGACGUCGCGACGUCGAUCGCCGCGGCGAAGCAUCGGUUCGCCGCGGUCACGGACGCGGGCGACGUGUACACGUGGGAAGAACCACCAACAGAAGUAAAGGAUGUAACGUAUGAAUGUGGAGCGUUUGUGGACGACGACGACGACGACGAAGGCGGCGGCGGCGGCGGCGGCGGCGCGUUUCCCCCGGGGUGCUCGUUCGCGUCGUCCCCGGGGAAAAGUUUCGGCGGGAGAAGUUUCGACGGCGGCGGGUUCGGCGUUCGCAGGGUGCCGAGUUUCUCGACCGGAUCGCGCGCGCCGCGCCGCGCGCCGCACGGCGUCAAACGCGCGGUCGCGGUCGCCCUCGGCGAGAAGCACGCGCUCGUCAUGUCCCGCGCGUUUCGUCCGGCGUUCGACGACGAACCGACGAGCGGCGGCGACGACGGCGGCGGCGGCGGCGGCGGUGAGACUGCUUCCCAUACGACCCCGUUCGCGUGGUGCACGCCGUUCCUUAAGGACUUUUCCCGUCGUCACUCUUCACCCGCGAUUCCCUUUCAACGCGGCGGCGGCGGCGGCGACGAGAAAAGCGACGACGAAAGCGAAAGCGAAAGCGAAAGCGACGACGACGACGACGGUCGCGGUCCCGCCGCCGCCGUCGUCCCGCGUCUCUCGCGCAUCGCCCAGCGCGUCCUCGCGACGCGCGUCCUCGACGUCUCGAACGUCGUGGACGUCUUGGACCUCGCCAUCGCGCUCGGCGCCGACGCGCUCGCGUCGUACGCGAGGUUCUUCUCCUCACACUGGUCCCCAUACGACCGCGUCGGCGUGGUGAACGCCGUUCCUUAA